UGUUACCUUUCAGACAUCUUGCAUUAGGCAAUCUGAAAGAACAAAUUCUUUCUUACCAGUGUUAGCGUUUACAUUGUAUCGGUUGCUGUAGGGUUUCAUAUUGUGAUACAUUUAGCCUACACCGAAUGCACAUGAAGUUCUGAGCAGCUGUGUUGUGCUUGCGUGCAGAACCCUUUCAGCGGAUUGUCUUUCCCCGGGGCGUCCUGUAUUGUGCGUCAUUUUCGCUUCUACAUUUUUCCAUCGACUCAACAUGGCAACACCCGCCGCUGUUAAUCCGUCGGAGAUGGGCACGGAUCUUCCUGGGCCCGUGGCGAUGCCUGGCGCCGUGGUGGGGGCAGGGCAGGUGAGGAUGGCUGGUGCCAUGCCAGGGCGUGGUGGCAAGAGAAGAUCCGGCGGAAUGGAUUUUGCGGACGAUGAGGAUGGAGAAGGACCCAGCAAAUUUUCAAGGUAUGAUGAUGAUCAAAUUCCUGGUGAUAAGGAAAGAUAUGCCAGAGAGAACCACAGCGAGAUCGAGCGGCGGCGGCGGAACAAGAUGACCCAGUACAUCACCGAGCUGUCGGACAUGGUGCCCACCUGCAGCGCGCUGGCCCGCAAGCCCGACAAGCUGACCAUCCUUCGCAUGGCCGUGUCCCACAUGAAGUCCAUGAGGGGGACGGGGAACACCUCCACCGACGGCGCCUACAAGCCCUCCUUCCUGACUGAGCAGGAGCUGAAGCACCUGAUUUUGGAAGCGGCGGACGGCUUCCUGUUUGUGGUGGCAGCAGAGACGGGGAGGGUGAUCUACGUGUCGGACUCGGUCACCCCCGUGCUGAACCAGCCCCAGCAGGAGUGGUUCGGGAGCACGCUGUACGAGCAGGUCCACCCCGACGAUGUGGACAAGCUGAGGGAGCAGCUCAGCACCUCUGAGAACUCCAUGACAGGGCGAAUCCUGGACUUGAAGACGGGCACGGUGAAGAAGGAAGGUCAGCAGUCCUCUAUGAGAAUGUGCAUGGGCUCCAGGCGUUCCUUCAUCUGCAGGAUGAGGUGUGGGAGUGCUCCUUUAGAUCAUAUCUCAUUAAAUCGUCUGUCCAACAUGAGGAAGAGAUACAGGAACGGCCUGGGACCGUCCAAAGAGGGGGAGGCGCAGUACUCGGUGGUGCACUGUACCGGAUACAUCAAAGCCUGGCCUCCUGCAGGCAUGACAAUACCAGAAGAGGAUUCUGAAGCAGGCCAGACCAGCAAGUACUGUCUGGUUGCGAUCGGGAGGCUCCAGGUCACCAGCUGCCCGGUCUCCAUGGACAUGAAUGGGCUGUCGGUCCCCACUGAGUUCCUCUCGCGCCACAACUCGGAUGGCGUCAUCACCUUUGUCGACCCCCGCUGCAUCAACGUGAUUGGAUACCAGCCCCAGGACCUGCUGGGGAAAGACAUCCUGGAGUUCUGCCACCCGGAGGACCAGAGUCACCUGCGCGAGAGUUUUCAACAGGUGGUGAAGCUGAAGGGCCAGGUGCUAUCAGUCAUGUACCGAUUCCGUAUGAAGAACAGGGAGUGGAUGCUCCUCCGAACCAGCAGCUUCACCUUCCAGAACCCCUACUCUGACGAAAUUGAGUACAUCAUCUGCACCAACACCAAUGUCAAGCAACUGCAGCAGCAGCAGCAGGCCGAACUGGAGGUCCACCAGAGAGAUGCCCUGUCCGCCUAUGACCUCUCCCAGGUUCCCGUCCCCAGUGUGGCUGGCACCGUGCACGAAGCAGGGAAGUCCAUUGACAAACCAGAGGCCAUGUUCUCCCAGGAGAGGGACCCGCGCUUUGCAGACAUGUAUGCUGGGAUUUCAGGGUCCGAUAAGAAGAUGAUGGUACCAUCCUCCACAGCGAGUGGGCAGCAGCUUUACUCUCAGGGUAGCCCUUUCCAGCCAGGGCAUUCUGGGAAGAGCUUCAGCUCCUCCGUGAUUCACGUUCCGGGAGUCAACGACAUCCAGCCAUCGGCCUCCGCAGGACAGAACCUUGCCCAGAUCUCCCGGCAGCUGAAUCCCGGCCAGGUGGCUUGGACAGGGAGCCGGCCUCCGUUUUCCGGCCAGCAAAUAGCCUCCCAGUCCAGCAAGGCCCAGUCGUCUCCGUUUGGCAUCAGCUCAAGUCACAGCUACCAAGCGGACCCGUCCUCCUACAGCCCCCUCUCCAGCCCCGCCACCUCCUCCCCCAGCGGGAACGCCUACUCCGGCCUGGCCAAUCGCAACGCGGCCUUCGAUGUUGCAGCUGAAGGUGGACAGAGUGGGGGCCAGUUCCAGGGCCGGCCCUCAGAGGUGUGGUCGCAAUGGCAGAGCCAGCACCACGGCCAGCAGGGCAGCGAUCAGCACACUCACCCCCAGCCCAGCACAACUGAGGUCUUUCAGGACAUGUUGCCGAUGGCAGGAGAUCCGACGCAGGGCACGGCCAAUUACAACAUCGAGGAUUUCGCUGACUUGGGCAUGUUCCCGCCGUUCUCCGAGUAACGGCCCGGCUGAGGCGGAAGGGAGCCAGGAACUUAGCAGCAACAUCAUCGUUUUUUUUUUCCGCCCAGGCGAACACCAGAGUGCACCGAAUGUCAGGAAACACCCAUGGUAAACGGGAGGUAAUUCAGGGCAUCGAAACAAAUGCGUUUCCCGUGGGUAUUUUAACAAGAACGCGCAUGUACGUCACCUCUUCCUAAGAAAGACUGCUCUCCAGCAAAUUGGCGUUCCACCAGGAUAAAGCGGUCUCAUUUUUAAUCCGCACGUGACAUCAUAUUCCGCUGAAUCUUGUUUGAGUUCCAGUGGGAGUUUAGACUCCUCCAGUUUCCUCCUCCUUACAGCUUUGCCAAACUGCAUUAGGUCAAGUGAGGCCAAACAGUCUGACAUACUUUUUCUGCUACUUGCCAGCUUUACAUUAAGCUUGCUGUGUGAAAUAUUGUAUUUGUGGCGCUCUCCAUAAUUUAGGUAAACUAAUUCAAGCAUUGAAGGAUGCAGUUGGAUUGGUGGGAAAAAAAGUAACAGAAAACUAACUGACAUUUUUAAAUAUUUUGCUUAUAUCAAGGUGAAGCUUAAAGUGCACUUCAUAAAGCUAAUAUCACCAGCCUCCAGGCCUUUUCAAGGGAAAAAAAUAAUGUGUCACGCAGUUAAAGCACUGCCCAGUGUAUUUUGUGUCCUUGGGGUAGUCACAUUUCUUUGUUACGCUAUCUAAUCUUUGUUUAAAGGAAAAAAAGUAAUUUAUAGUUGGGAUAUUUUACACAAAAAAUGUGUAUCAUGUGUAGCAUUGAAGGAGAGAAG